AUGUCGUCGUCGUUGAGAUUUCUUCGAUGCAAAACCCCGUUUCGGUUCUUUCGAUGUUAUUCCUCGGCAGCUCAAGCUGGAAUACCAUUGAAUCAGGGACCCUCGUCUUCAAUUCCAUCCACAGAACGCGAGAUCUCGCCGAAGGUAUCGGCUCUGGUCGAUCAAAUUGCCACUUUAACUGUUCUUGAAGUCUCUGAUCUCAAUUAUGCGUUGAAAAAGAAGUUGAAUAUCCCCGAUCAGCCAAUGUUUGCAGCAGCGGUGGCUGCUCCUGUCGCAGCAGGUAUGUGUUCAUGAUGUUCUUGCGUCAUGUGAAUCACAAAAUAAUGUGAACCCAAAACUAAUUUGUUUUGAUUUGCCGCCUAUUCCUCAUAAGUUUUUUAUUGCGGUUGUGUUUAGGAAACGCACCGGCUGAAGAAGAGGCAGAACAACCAGCUCAGAAGACAAUGUUCUCAGUCAAGUUGGUCAAAUUCGACGACUCGAAGAAAAUAGCGUUAAUCAAAGAGAUCAGGAAUGCCAUUGAAGGACUGAAUCUGGUACAAGCAAAGAAGUUCGUGGAGACAGCUCCAGUUGAAGUGAAGGCAGAUCUCGGAAAGAACGAGGCUGAAGCCCUGAAGGCCCUUUUGGAGAAAGUCGGAGCUACUUGCGAAAUUAUCUAA